AUGAACGAUCCACUUUCCUCAUUGUCUGCACCACCACCUCGAUAUUUGCUUGAAUCAGAUUCUUCUGAUGAAGAAGGACAAGGCGCGUAUCCAGGUGGUAAUUUAGGCAUUGGGCCUUCCAAACCUAAGAUAAGAUUACAGAAUGAUGUCCAAGUACAUUUCACUGGAUUGGACGAUCAAUUGGAUGAAGUCAUCAUUGGAUUAGGACAAUCAGGAAAAUUUAUCUUGAGAACGAUAAAUGGACAACAAGUGGGUGAGGCGAGGAUUGGUGGGAAAUCAGUUGGUAAAAUCGUCCAAAGUGGAAACAAUUCAACGGUUGUCAGUUUGGAUGAAGGUGAUUUCGCCGGAGAAGAAAGCUGGGAAAUAACCAAGACAUUGAUAAAUAAGGUAAAGGCUAAAAAGUGGACGAUAAUCACAUCAUAUGUACCAUCAAUGUACAUCCCUUCUCCCGCUGAACGAGCAUCAACACUCUCAGAGCCGCCUACCCGUAUUCUCACUGCAGGUUCUAGCCAACAGAAUCUUAGCGGUAGUAUACGAGGCUUUGAAGCUCCUAACUACUUGACUGGAGUAGCUGGUGCUUUAGUUUCUCUUGCAUCUCAUCCGACGUCGUCUAUACCUCAACCUACCACUGUCCUUCUUCCUCUUCCUUUAUCAUCUCUGGCUAUCUCUCGAGUUCAGUCCACACUUAAGGCCUUCGAUUCGCUUCUGGUGCAGCGUAUCGGCGAAAGCAGUAAAAGAUGGUCAGAAGAUGAUGAUGAGCCUUAUUCUGCUCGUGGCAUGGGUCGAGUGAAGGGUCAACGAAAAGCAGUCGGGGAAAUAUCCUCAAUGUACACUUAA